UUUUCAGCAAAUACAGCAAUUUACAAGGGGAACAAGGUCCAUUUCAAAUCACUGGAAGUAAAACGUAUAAAUAUUGAUAGGAAAAUGAUGCUAGAAAUGAUUGAGAUGAGAGAUUUCAACUGCAUUAAUCUGACAAAAUUCAUCGGAUUGCAUAUCAAACAACAAAAUAUCAUGAUAAUAUCAGAAUACUGUUCCAGAGGAGAUUUACAGACGUUAUUACUAAAUGAUUCUAUUGAUCUGGAUAAAGAUUUGAAAAUGGCAUUGAUUAUUGAUCUAAUAGAGGGAAUGGCCUAUCUACAUAAUAGUAGUAUAUAUGUACAUGGAGAUCUGACCAGUGAUGCAUGUGUUAUUGAUAGUCGGUUUGUGUUAAAGGUAACGGGAUAUGGACUGAGAAGAUUGCACAUGCAAUGUAAAGACACUACUAUUCAAGCAAACAGUUUUUGGAUUGCACCGGAACAUCUGCGCACCAAAGACAAAACAGUUUCGCAGACUGGUGAUGUAUACAGUUUUGGGAUAAUAUUGUCUGAAAUAUUGUCGAGAAAAGAACCAUUCAGCGAGGAAUUAGAUAACUUUACUUCCCAAGAAAUAAUCAUGAAAGUAACUCACACUGAGAAUCCACCGUUCCGACCAACGUUACCUAAAACAAACAACAAAGAUUAUAUUGGAGAAAUGGAAACUAUCAUGUAUGACUGUUUGGAAGAAGAUCCUCAGAAUAGGCCUAACUUUUUAAUCAUCGGAAAAAGAAUAAAGGAAUCAACGGGAAUUUCAAAAACUCAUAACGUAUUAGAUGCAUUGCUUAGAAGAAUGGAACAAUAUGCAAAUAAUCUAGAAGCUCUGGUUUUUGAAAGGACACAGGCAUUUCUAGAUGAGAAAAGAAAAUCUGAAGAACUUUUAUAUCAAGUUCUUCCACGAUCUGUUGCUGAAAAAUUAAGAGAUGGGAAACCAGUAAACCCUGAAGCUUUUGAUUGUGUAACGAUAUAUUUUAGUGAUAUCGUAGGCUUUACCGAUAUAUCAUCUCAAAGUACACCUUUCCAGAUUGUUGACUUGCUAAAUGAUCUAUACAACUGCUUUGAUGAAAUUAUAGACAGACAUGAUGUUUAUAAGGUUGAGACAAUAGGGGACGCCUACAUGGUAGUGUCUGGUCUUCCAGUACUGAAUGACAUUAAACAUGUCAAAGAAAUAGCACAGAUGGCGCUGUCUAUAAGAGACUCAGUCGAAUGUUUCAGGAUUCCUCACAAUCCGAAUAAAACUUUGCAAUGUAGAAUCGGAAUUCACUCAGGAUCUGUAUGCGCAGGCGUGGUAGGUAGGAAGAUGCCAAGAUAUUGCUUAUUUGGAGAUACAGUUAACACUGCUUCCAGAAUGGAAUCAAAUGGUGAAGCAAUGAAGAUACAUAUCAGUGAAGCAACAAAGAUGUUACUUGACAAUUUUUCUGAAUUUGACGUUAAAUGUAGAGGGAUAUUGCAGAUAAAAGGAAAGGGCUUAAUGACAACAUAUUGGAUAAGAGGAAACAACACAGAAAAACAAACAUCCGAAAACACAGAUAUGCAAACAUCCGAAAACACAGAUAUACAGACAUCAGAAAACACAGAUAUGCAAACAUCUGAAAACAGAGAUAUGCAAACAUCUGAAAACAGAGAUAUAGAAACAUGGGAAAACAUACCGAAAAUGUCAUGUAUAUAAUACAAUUACAAACUGUGGCAUGGAUAAUGUUAAUUUUGCACAUUUUUAUGAACUUAUACUAAGUGUUGACUGGAACGAUGACUGUAUCGACAUUGAUGCAUAUUCAGACAUUAUAUGUUCUGUUAUCACCACAACCAAAUGACACACAGAGUACAAACGGGAAUAUCUUAGUCGCAACUAGUAUUAAUAUGUGAACGGCCAAUAAAAUAAGGAAUAUAAUGUACAACAAUCAUUAAUAAACAAAAGUCUUUCCAAUAGCUACCGAUUAAAUCAAGGGAUACAGCAGUCUUACAACUUAACAAAGAUAGUAUCGUUGCAUCAAUGGACAAGUGUUUGUUAAAAAUGUCUAGCUUUUAACGCUCCAAAAACUGGAAAAGUAAUAAG